ACCUUUGCUAAUGCGCUCUGCUCCAACACAAACAGCCAUCUCGAACUCGGGGCUGACGAAGCCUGCCUUUUUUUUUUGUUUUAGCCAAGGCAGUUGCUUGCUCUUCUACCACACGGCGCCCCCAGGGAGGGAGCAGCAGGGGAGACGUUACUCUGUUCCGAUGGGAUUUACCAGGCAGCAGCAAGUGGAGGAGAUAGGCUGACCCCGCCAUGGUGACCAGGCUUACGUGCCUGCAACAGGAACUGCUCCAAGCGCUGCUCAGCUCGGGCCUCAACAAGCACACCAUACUAGAGGCACUGGGAGAGAUCGAAGCAUUCCGAGCCAAGCCGGGAGAAAGCGAGGAGGGGGACGGAGUGGAGCCGCGCAUUGGGGAGGAGGAGAGCUCUGAGGAUGGGGAGGAAUUUGAACCCCCUAUAUUCAAGGAGCUUGAGGCCUUGUGCCCAGAAGAGGCUGCCCAGCAGCGGGCCAUGGUGGAUCACCUCUUACAGGAGGACCCAUGGCACGUUGCCAAGGUGAUCAAGUGCUACAUGCAGCAACACAACCUCCCUCAGCGGGAGGUGGUUGAUGCCACUGGUUUGAACCAGUCUCACUUAUCACAGCAUCUGAACAAGGGCACUCCCAUGAAGAAUCAGAAGAGGGCAGCACUGUACACAUGGUAUGUGCAGAAACAGGGAGAGAUCACCCAGCAAUUCACCAACGCCAGCCGAGGAAUCCUGGGGGAGGAGCCUAAUGAUGAAAUGACCAGCAAGAAGGUUAGAAGAAACCGAUUUAAGUGGGGCCCCGCCUCCCAGCAGAUCCUCUUUCAAGCCUAUGAGCGGCAGAAGAACCCGAGCAAAGAAGAGCGAGAAGUUCUGGUGGAAGAUUGCAACAGGGCGGAGUGUAUCCAGCGUGGCGUCUCCCCGUCUCAGGUACAAGGGCUCGGUUCAAACCUGGUUACUGAGGUGCGGGUCUACAACUGGUUUGCCAAUCGUCGGAAGGAGGAGGCAUUCCGACACAAACUUGCAAUGGACUCAUACAGUGGUCAGCCGGCCCACAAUACCCCACAGGGGACAGGUCACAGUGGCCACAACCUGCAGGCCAGCCCCCCACACGGAGGCCGAUACAGCCAACAGUCCAGUAGCAGCAUCUUGACCUCCACCUCUGCCCAUGUGAGUGGCCUCCAGUCCACUCAGGUCAUCGUGCAGUCCCCAUCACCCACUGGCCUCCAACCCAGCCACACUCUGAUGGUCAGCGAUAGCAAAGAGGUCACUUUGGGUUCACUACCUCCUGUCAGCACGCUGACAGCCCUGCAUGGCCUGUCUUCACCUACUGCUCAGCCCCAGACGCAGACCCCCGGGCUCAUCAUGGCAUCCCUGCCCAGUAUCAUGACAAUCAGCCCUGGAGACUCCUCUCUGGUUAUAGGUCUUGCAUCUUCACAAGCCCAAAAUGUGCCAGUCAUCAACACAGUGGCCAGCAGCCUUACAACCUUACAGCCAGUCCCAUUCCAGCAACACCUGACCUCUGCACACCAGCAGCAAGUCAUGCCACCUUUUCAGAGUAACAUGACACAGGGCUCCUUCAUGACAUCACUUCAGCCUGCGCAUGGUGGGUCUGAGGUGGGCAAGGGUGCAGUUUUGUUUGGUGGUAUUCCAGUGCAUCCCUUGAAGCCUGCUCAUGUAUACAAUCACAAAUCGGAGCUGUUGCAAGAUAUCCCUAAUAGCUUGUUUACACAGACAAUGGUCAUCACGGAGACUGGACAACUUGGUGCCUUCACAAACCUCACUGCUGUCAAACAGGUUCUCCCUUCAGAUUCUGACAGCCAGACCGCCAUGUCGAUCCAGCCACCAGCUUCCCCGACCCCAGUGGGACAGUUGUCCAGUUCAGACUCCUUACAGCACCUAGACAGUGGCCCAUCAGUGUCAGCCCCAUCCAGCAGCCUAGUGAUGUACCUGACCUCACAGAGCAUCGACAGCCACCCGCAUCUCCUCUCGCCUAGUGCCUUCAUCCCCACACAGAUCGCCUCACCCACCCAGUAGCCAUUCUCAACAGUAUGGACUGACCACAGCUGGGAACAUACUGCCAGUGCUACUCCUCAAGGGCUCACAGAUCCCUGGUCAUUAGGGAUCAACUCUUUGAAGCUGCUGUUGGAACUCAUUUCUCUCUCUGGCCAGGGUGAAUCCUGUUCCUGACAACAUACCACACAGAACCCCCCCCAAAAAAUAUUUGGACCCUAAACAUCCAAUAGGACAAGGCCCUUGUCUCUUGGGCAGUUGAUCUAGCCCACAGGGAGAUGAGGUGUGUGUCUGGAAAACUCAGCUCCCAUGGGCCACAGCUGUAAAUAAAACCAAUUGUAUGUCA